AGGCUACUUGCUCUGUCAGUCAACCACAAAAGAACUAUAAAUGUCCAAGAGCGUAUUAUCUCCCUAGAAUCAACAAAGUACCAACAAGAUGGCCAUGUUACCAAAAAACCUUCCCAGACCAGAGGAGUGUCAAGGAGCACAGACUCUAUGGUAUGACAAGAAGAAAUAUUUGGCCAUUAACUUCAUGGUGCAAAACCCCAAGGAUGUUGAGGUUGAUAUUCAGGAUACCUAUAUAGUUUUAAGUUGCAAAGACGUUGACGACAACAACAUGUACAAUCACAUUUACUUCUACGACAAAGUAAUUAAAUUCGACUCUCAAGUGAAAAUCUAUGAUCGCAGUAUCCACAUCUUGAUCAGGAAGGUUAAAGAAAAUGUAGCAUGGCCUCGUCUUCAGAAAGAUGCCAAUCUCAAGCCAAAUUGGUUGGCUGUAGACUUCGAAAACUGGAGAGACUGGGCGAACGAAGAGGAUGAGGGAAUGGCGGAGUACGAACAAUAUGCGGAAAUGAUUCAGGAUUUAGGGAGCAAGAAAGGAGAGCCACCUGCGAUGGAUGAUCUUGAUGAUCUGAGUGAUUGAACAUUUCUGAAGAGAGCCUUUCUCUGCAUUGGACGUGGUGGACGUGGAUUGAGUCAUCAAAGCCAUGUCGAUGGACUUUGUGUAUUUCGUGAUGAUGGUUUGCUAUGAAUGUGAUGUGAAUGAAUGCUGUGUAUUGCUAAAUGUGUUUUCACUGGUGAUGUUUUCUGUGUAAUUUAAAAUGUUUUAUUGAAUGUGUUAUUUAUUAAAUCAACUGAAGCAGGGGCAUCAUGCACCCCAAAAAUCUGAGGUGGUACAAAGAACAGGAUGGCUGGGMGGUGGUGGCCAUAAGUUGGAAAAUUGUGCACAUUUCAAACAUCUGAAAUAGAUUUCCCCUGCUAUCUAGAGCCAUAUUCAUUGUUCUUAAUUAUUUGUAAAAAAUAUGUCUUAUUUUCCCUGCAUAUCUAAGCUAAAAUCUGGGUAAAAGAUUGAAAGGAA